AUGGAUAACUUUUACUGCCGCUUCUGCGCCGAGCUCAAAAGCUCUGAAAAGCUCCUUAACCUACAGCACGACUCGGAAAAACACGAAGAAGUAGUUUUAAAACUUGCGUUUGUUAAUGCUGUGUAUGUGAACGUAACAAAUAGCGAUACAUUGCCGAAAACUGUUUGUUUGAUAUGCUACAACAGCCUGAAUAAAGCUUACGACUUCUUGGACGGUGUGAAGCGCGCACAAGACGUAUUAACCAACAUAUUCACGAGAGGCGGCGACGACAACAAAUGCGAUGUGUCUGAUGACGAUAGAUGCACAGCAUUUGACGAUUUCCUUUGUAAUGAGGACUCUUCUGCUGUUAAAUUGGAGGGUAACAAGUAUGUGGAACCGCCUCAAAUAGAUAUAAGUUUGGAAGUGAAGCACGAGUUGAAAGAAGAACCGGAUUUAGAGGAUCAGGCGUACGAUGACUCUUUGAACGUGCAGGACAUACUUGACGCGGCUAUAUGUAAUGCCUCCUUCAACUCCAACGUCACUAUAUAUGCUAAAGAGCUCUCAGACUUGAGUAAAAAGGUUGUAAAGUCAUGGAAAGAUUACCCAUGGGUGUGUGGUUAUUGUAACAUCGAGUUUUUAAACAUAGACAUGUUGCGGAACCACUGCUACUACUGCGACAUGGAGCUAGACAAAACAGAGAAGUUAACAGCGCACAUAAAGGAACACUUCGUCAAAUCACAACUCCCGUGUCCGUUAUGUGGAGAAAUACUUAAAAACGAGGACUCACUCAAAAUACACUUACAAGACUAUAAUAUAACUAAACAGAAACGCAGACCGAGAAGAAAACCUGGAACCCCAAUCACCAUUGAAGAUCUCACCUGUGGAUUAUGUAAGAAGGUUUAUAAAAACCCCAACAGCCUUCGAGAUCACAUGAAACUACACACGAUAGACAGGAAGAGAAAUUACACUUGUGACCGAUGCGGCAAGAUGUUUUACAACAAAGGUACGCUCACAUCCCACAUCCUAUCUCAUGACAAAAACCGUCCACAUGUAUGUAGAAUUUGUAAUAAGUCUUUUUUGUACCCAAAUAUGUUGAGACGACACGUUGAGAUGCAUUCCGGAGUGAAACCGUUCUCUUGUGAACAGUGCGGUAGAUGCUUUAGACUCCAAUACCAGUUAAAUGCCCAUAAAAUUAUCCACACCGACUCCAUGCCUUAUGUAUGUUCUUAUUGCAAUAAAGCGUUUAGAUUUAAGCAGAUUUUAAAGAAUCAUGAACGACAGCACACUGGUGCCAAGCCAUAUGCUUGUCAGCAUUGCGGUAUGGAGUUCACAAAUUGGUCUAAUUAUAAUAAGCAUAUGAAACGUAGACACAAUACGGACACUUCGAAGAAAAAGAUCACUCCGGAAGGUGUAUUUCCUAUCAAUCCGGAGACCGGACAGAUAAUGCAGGUCCAGGAUCCAGUUGGUACUGAAGAAUGGAAGAGUAAGAUCAUGAUUCCAGGAAAGAGGGGAAAGAAAAAGGUUAUAAAACAUGAGGACAUUUAGCUAGGGAUACAUGUUCAGUUUGAUAGUCGAAAAGUAACUUUAAAGCGGAGGCUAUAAGAAUAAUUUUGCAAUGGUUUUAUUUAUUAACUAAAACUGUUCUUUUUUAUGUUUUUAAUGAAUAAAUAAUUGAAUGGGCACACAACAAAUCAAGUUACUAUAAUCUGCCAGAGAUCUGCAAUAGAUUUCCAAUCGUGUCAUUUUGUUAUAAAGAUGAAAAUAUUGAUAGCCAUUUGAGUAUACUGCAAAUAGCAUCUUAUUGCUGUGAAAUAAGGUUUAUAAUCACUGCCAAUUCAUGCCUGUUGUUAAUAUAUUGUUCGUAAAGAUGUACUUAUUUUGUAGAUGUUUAUUAAUGUUUGUUAUGAUACUCAAACACUGCUGGGCUGUAUAUUAAUAGAUUUCCAACCUUAUGUUUUUGUAAUAACAUAAAAAAUUGAAUAAUAAAACUUCAGACACAUAGCUACCGAUUUAUGUCAUAAAAAGUGUGUAAAAUUGUAUAAAAUGUAUUAUUAUGUUUUCGGCUUACUCAUAUAACUUUUUAACGAGGAACUCGGCUAGUGUCAAGCCAUGCUAUAGGCUCAUAUUCCUGAGCAGCAUUCCGCGACCCGCGACGCGGCGACUGUCGCGCUGCUACAUGCUCGCGAAAUAUUUAAUAUAAAAUUAAAACAUCAC